UGUGCAUGUGUCUGUGUCGCCACCGUCCCUCCGUCAUCGGUGCGCGCCGGAUGUCCUUCCACAACGUGCUGAAGAAACAAUUCACGUGUGAACGUUUUCAUCUUCCACCGUCGAGACGUUGGAGCAAUAAGUGACAGAGCAGCCGUGCACCUGUGCAGCUCGGAGUCAUGGGUCGGAAGUUGGAUCCCACCAACCAGGUGAAAAGAGGGCCGGGGAAAAAAGCCAGGAAACAAAAGGGAGCAGAGACUGAGUUGGCCAAGUUCAUAACUGAUGAGGAAACUGGACCAAAACGUCUGUCAAGUAGAGCCAGGAAAAGAGCUGUAAAGAGAGUCCAUAAUUUGAAAAAGCCUAAAGAAGUUGCUGCUGAAAAGGCCAAGAAAGGAUUCACUGAUGAGAACAGUAAAUGGUUAACUCCAGCAAAGAGGAAGCGCAAAGCUGAUGAAGCUGAAAGUGAGGAUGACAGUGAUGAUCUCUGGGAGAAGGAGGAGGAAGAGGUGGAGGAAGAACAGCAGCAGUUAAAGAAAGGAGGAAAAGAGCAAGUAAAGAAGGCUGCAAAAUCGGGAGUGAAACAGGUGGAGGAGGAGGAUGACGAUGAUGAUGAGGAAGAGGAGGAGGAGGAUGGUGAUAAUGAUGAGGAUGAUGAUGAUGAUGAAGAAAUGGUAGAUGACUAUGGCACGCUUGAGGACGGCAGUGGAAAUGAGGCAGCAGCAGCAGAAGAAGACGACAGUGAUGCAGAGGAACUCCUUCCUAUUGAGCGUGCAGCAAAGAAAGAGAAAAAGCUGAAGGAAACCAUGGGUCUAGAGAGUGACGAAGAUGAUGAGGAAGAUGAUGAUGAUGAUGAUGAUGAUGUAGAAAAAUCAGAUGACGACAUUGAAGAGGAAGACACAGUACAAACCAACAUAGAUGAGAUGGAUGCUUUUAGGCUCCCUGGGGCAGAGGAGAGUGAGAAGGAAGGUGUCCUGCCGCUGGACCUGAAGACAAUUCAUCAGAGAAUAAAGGACAACAUUGAAGUCCUUUGUAAUUUCUCAACAAAAAGGGAGGAGGGGAAAGAGAGAGCGGAGUACAUCUCUCUCCUGAAGAAAGAUCUGAGCACCUACUACAGCUACAACAACUUCCUUAUUGAGAAAUUAAUAGACAUCUUCCCACUCUCAGAGCUGGUCGAUUUCCUUGAGGCCAAUGAAAUUCAGAGACCUGUCACUAUUCGGACAAACACCUUGAAAACGAGGAGGCGAGACCUUGCUCAGGCCCUGAUCAACAGAGGAGUGAACCUUGAUCCGCUGGGGAAAUGGUCCAAAGUGGGUUUGGUGAUCUAUGACUCCUCAGUCCCUGUAGGUGCAACGCCAGAAUACCUGGCAGGUCACUACAUGCUGCAAGGAGCAUCCAGUUUUCUGCCAGUCAUGGCACUUUCUCCACAGGAGGGAGAGUUAUUAUUGGACAUGAGCUCAGCUCCAGGAGGCAAGACCACCUAUAUUGCUCAGCUGAUGAGGAACACGGGGGUGAUUGUUGCUAAUGACGCCAACGCUGACAGAUUGAAGAGUGUGGUUGGAAACAUCCACCGUCUGGGUGUCACCAACACUGUGGUCUGCAACUACGAUGGCAGGCAGUUCCCAAAGGUAAUGGGUGGGUUUGAUAGAGUGCUGCUUGAUGCUCCAUGCUCUGGCACAGGAGUCAUCGCUAAAGAUCCAGCUGUGAAGACCAGCAAGGACGAGGCAGACAUCCAGCGCGCUGCUCACCUGCAGAAAGAGAUGAUUCUUUCUGCUAUAGACUCUGUCAACGCUGAGUCCCCGUCAGGUGGAUAUCUUGUCUACUGUACAUGUUCGAUAAUGGUGGAGGAGAAUGAAUGGGUGGUGGACUACGCUUUAAAGAAAAGGAAUGUCAAAUUAGUUCCCACUGGACUUGACUUUGGCAAGGAAGGUUUCACCAGGUUCAAAGAACGCAGAUUUCACCCGUCUCUGCGACUCUCUCGCCGAUUUUAUCCUCAUUCCCACAAUAUGGACGGGUUUUUUGUGGCCAAACUGAAGAAGUUUUCCAACGUUGUUCCAACCGCGCCAGCAGAGAAAAAAGAAGAGAAUUCAGAGGCUUCUGAGAUGACAGAGGUUACAGAAUCUCCUCAGAAGAAUCCAUCCAAAACGGUCAAGACCAGCAAGACUGUCCCCGGUAAAGCAAGCGGCUCAAAGGGAAAAGCCCAAGCCAACGGAACAUCAGGCAAGGAAAAAGCAAACAUCAAGUCAAAAGGCAAAAAGGACUCACCUGCUGGACCAAAAAAGGCAAAGGUCGCCAAGAUGGAUGGAGAGACUGUGAAAGGACCAGAGGCCAAGAAGCCCACAGUGAAGACGACGCCAUCAAAGGCUGACAAAAAAGAAGGCGGGCGAUUUGAGAAGAAGCAGAACAAAAAAAUUAAAUCACCCAUGAAAGCUAAGAACAGGAUGGGAAAGAAUAAAUUCAAAAAGUUGAAGGUCAUUCUGCAAAAAGAAGGCGGUGACAUCGAGUGACAUUGUAAACAGUUUGUUAAAAUGUGCUAGAUAAUGUUAGAGCUUUGAAGAUCUGCGUUAGACAGACCCAGAUCCACUUCAAGCCGGCGUGCUCUGUUUUUGUUUCAGCACCGCCGUACUGUGAGCGUCAAACAUGACUGUAACACGACCAUGUACAGAUGGUUUGGGCUGAUCAACGAUGAUCCCAUUUAAGUUUAGUCCUCCAUAUUGUUUUUUUUAUUUGUAUUACAGGAUAUUCAUUGUUAUCGUCUGUUGGGGUAAUUGCAGGAUGGGACAACUUCCAGAAAUCUGAGACAAAAUAAAUUUUAAGAUAAUUUUCCCAUCA